AAUCGAUAGGUUAUGAUAAACAGCGAUGUUACUCGUGAAUGGAGUAGUUAGCAUAUAAGCCAGUUAGCGUUAGCUAAGUGCCUCGCAUUGCUGUCGGCUAAUACAGUGAACUACAGGUGUUUUAUUCAGAGGUCCUCAACCUUUUUUGCGCCACGGACCGGUUUAAUGUUAGACAAUAUUUUCACGGACCGGCCUUUACAUAAAUGUGUUUCCACUUAAAAAAUAUUAUUUUUAGGGGUGUCAAAUUAUGGCGUUAAAUAUCAUUUUUACAAGCACACGCACGAAGCGGGCCGUCUAUUAACGGCAUGGACCAAGCGGUUCUGGACCACUUUUAAUAAUCGUAUUAAACCGUAUAACUUAUAACGUAUAACACAACUUUAUUUAAAAGCAAGCACAUGGAAAACAUGUUAUAUUUUGUUGUCCGGUGCGUGUGGAUGUGCGGCAACUUCGGCGGAGCGGUUCAUGUUAAUAGGCCUUUUUCACAGCAGACAUUUUGACUUGUCAUAGUGGGAAAAGCACGUGUUACUAAUCACCCAUCCAAGAUGGCGGCCGGACUGAUACGUCAGCUCCAACAGGCAGCGUCAGGCUAUGAGGCGUCUACGUAUAUUAUGUCUGUUACUAAUAACAUUAACGAUGGCUCUGUCCCAGUAAGCUGUGACAGUGAGCCAUCAUGCACAACGCAGCACCCUGAAACUAAAGCAGCUAAAUGGAGUUCAGCCAUCAUUCAUUUGAUUAUUUACACCUGUGCUUUUCCUACGAUGACGAGUCAAAAUGUCUUCUGUGAAAAAGGCCUAUAGCGGAGUCCGGGAGGGUUCACCUUCACGGCGUAGUUACGAGUGAUGUGCGACUAUUGUUUUAAAAAAUACUAAAGUGUUUUUUAAAGUUAGAAAGAUAUUAGAUAUUCAACGGAUAUUCACGCUCCGAAUUACAGCGAUCAGACACGGCGAACUACAGCCGCGAUCACCGAUGGAUGCUGUGGACAACCAUAAGCAGCACAGGCUGGGGUCCACAGCCCCUGGUCUGUCUCGGCAUCUCAAGGUGGAUUUGCCUAACCCUGACCCUGACCCUUACCCAGAGGAGACUACCACUACCACCAUUAAUAUGGACCUGCACAUUGCCAAGGAGAAUAACAAUGAGGUGAGAUGGAGGCCUGCAAAUAUUCCAGUACCUACAAGUCAUAUUUUAAAUAGCAAUUUAAUAGUCUUUAAACAGUAAUAUAACGAAAACACAAAUGCUAUGAUCCAACAAAUGUAGGCUAUUUUAUUAAAAAUAUUCAGCAGAAUGAACUUUGCGACCUUAGUUAGCCAACAAUAUAUAACAAGUAGCCUUUUUUUUUAAUUCAAGGUUUAAAUGAAUGAAUCUGAAGAUUUUUUUUUAAUUGCUCCCAUUAUGCAGUAGUUCCCUCUGUCCCCGCAUUGCCACUGCUGCUUUUAGUGGGAGUGGACGGAUCUUAGGCUGUUUAGGCUAUUUACAUCUCACAGACAACUUCAGAUGGCUAUUCAAACUUACACUGAUGGGUUUGUUUACUUCAAGGAAGCAGACAUGUUUGUAAAAGUAGCAGUCACAUGUGUCAGUCACAUGGCUGACCACCGUAUUCGAAGUCAUCUACCGUAUCCUCAAAAUCAUCUAAAUAUUCAGCCAUUAUUGAGAAAAUACUUACCAGUAUGCGACGAAAACAUUGUGCCUCUGAGUUCAUAUUACUUGGUUGAAUUAAUAUACAGGAGCACUUCAGACUAGCUGUAAAUACACUGGGCUUCAGACUGUAAAUACGCUACCAUAAUCACAGUGCUGUUUCAUCGCACUUUCCUGCUGUUAAAUGUGUGGUCAGAUUGAUGGAUCGUUUGGUAAAACCUUUAAUAUUUGCAACAUAUCUUACAGCUCACACAAUAUUGGGCUAUUUAACAUCGGCUACUAUUAAUACAUUGUUAUUUAUUUAUUUGGCAUAUUUCCUGCUGGACAUUUUGGCCAUUGAUUCAUAUGCCUGUUAAUUACACUUGAUGGCCAAAACCUGGCAUAUUCUGGCUAACCUGAGUCUGAGCACGAGAUAUUUUUCAGACAUACAUGCUUAAUUAUGUCAGGGUUGACUGGUAUUUUGCAUGUGCUGACCUCAUUUGCAGGGCCAGACCCCCCCUGAAAAGUCAGAAGAUCAGGAGGAGGGAGAGACGACGGACGAGCCAGACAUACGAGAGGAGGUAAGUGCAGGGGAUGUUGCACAUAAAGAGUGAUGCCACAGAUGCAAGCAGGUACUCAAAUUGGGACAGAAAGAGAGAAAACGUAUUUGGCGGUGAACACUAAUGAAACGGACCAGUACCCUUCAGACCCAGAUGUUCCUAAACUGAAGAGAACUGAGUGUCUUUGUAAGUUUGCAUACAAACCAAUGUGAAUCUUGAUAUCGGUUGACAAAAUUAUGAACUAUAUUAUUGUUGAUGGGAAAGGCGUAAAUGGGAAAUUUAAGUGGGAAAUAUUCUUUAAAAACGAAUUGAGUCCCAUCUGACUUUCAUUUUCUAGCUUACAAAGGAAAUGCUUGGGAACUCUGACUAUAAAUCAAUGACAAGCAGUGAAAUAAGUGAGGAUGAGUAUGUGCCUAGUUCUACACCAGAAUCAGACGUAUCGGAGGAAGAACUCAAACUGCUCCAGUCUCCAAGAAACUACAGUUCAUUAAAUAACUCUGAUGUUCUACGCUUGAAGAAAGGUCGUGCUAAGCCUGUUAAAUGCAGACAGGGCACAUCUUCCUCUUCCCAAUCCAUGGCAGAUUGUGAGUUGUCAAAAUCCUCCAGUGACAUAGAUGUCUUGAGGCUGAAAAAGAAAACCAAUGGUGGUAGAGUAUACAAUAAGAGGCACUACUGUUUGUACUGUUUUAAACCAUAUGCCAAACUUGCACGGCAUUUGGAUAAUAAACACAGCGACGUGCAGGCGGUAGCACAAGCGUUCAGUUAUCCAAAAGGAUCAGCGGAGAGAAAGCUGCAGACAACUCUAAUUCAAAAUAAAGGCAAUCGUCGCCACAACUUCGAGGUCCUGGAGCAGGGUAAAGGGGUGAUGGUUCCCUCUCAGCAAAGCAUUGGACCAGUGAAUGUAAAAGACUAUUUGCACUGCACAUACUGUGAGGCAUUACUCAAAAGGAAGGUGAUGUGGCGGCACAUGAGAAAAUACAAACUGGCAAAGAAAAGCAUAAAGCCAGGCAGAACUAGAGUGCAGUCACUUUGUGCUGCUGGACAGCCUGUCCCAAAAUAGAUAAAUGACAAAGUCUGGGGCCUAGUAAAUGGCAUGAAUCAAGACAACAUAACGGACAUGAUUCGGCAAGAAAAAUAUAUUCUGAAGUUAGGAGAACACUUCUAUAACAAAAAAGGCACAGACAAAAGCCAACACCAAUACAUCAGACAAAAAAUGCGGGAGAUGGGAAGAUUAGUUCUCCUAGCAAAGACACUUGGCAAGCUGAAAACAAUACAUGACUUCUUUCUGCCAGCAAACUUCUGCCGUGUCGUGAAAGCUGUGAAGGUGGUCUGUGGAUGGAGUGAAGAUACCAGCAGUUUCAAGAUUCCAUCCUUGGCGCUCAAACUAGGCCAUAGUCUAACUAAAAUAUCAGAUAUUGCAGAGUUUGAAGCAAGGAUGUCAGAGAACAAGAAGGCCCUUGAAAAUGUGGUGACGUUCAGGACAUUGAAAGAGAAGAAAUGGGAUGAGUGGGUGUCUUCGCAUGCACUGAGGAACCUCAGAGAGUCGAAAUGGAAUAAACCUCUUCUUAUCCCCUACUGUGAAGAUGUUGUGAGACUGCACAACCAUAUUGACACAGAAAGGCCCAAGUAUCGAUCCAAUCUUGAAACUGCACCAAAUAAGAGGAACUGGUUAAGUCUUGCUAAACUAACGCUUUGUGAAGUAAUCGUCUUCAAUCGUAGGAGAGAGGGAGAAGUUUCAAAGAUGUUCCUGACUGACUUCCUGUUGAGAAACACCUUUGCCAGUAAUCCAGAUCUUGACCUUGCCUUGACUGACGUGGAAAAGAAGCUCUGCAAAUACUUUGAGCGUGUGGAAAUCAAAGGUAAGCGGGACAAAAAGGUCCCCGUCUUACUCAGCCCAGACAUGGUGUCCUCCAUACAGAUGCUGGUGACUUAUCGAGGACGAUGUGCUGUGCCACCUGAGAAUGUGUAUUUGUUUGGUAGACCUGAGGCAGAAAGUCACGUCAGAGGAUCUGAUGCCAUCCGUGCCUUUGCACAUGAAUGCGGGGUGAAGGACCCUCAAACAUUGACAUCGACAAGAUUAAGGAAACAAAUGGCAACAAUGUCACAAGUUCUGAACUUGAAAGACAAUGAGGAGGACUGCCUCGCAGGUUUUAUGGGUCACAACAUCAGGGUCCAUCGACAAUAUUAUCGGCUCCCUGAAGGGACAUUACAAGUUGCCAAAGUUGCAAAGUUGCUUAUGGCCUGUGAGAGAGGCGAGCUAUCACAAUUUAAAGGCAUGACAUUGGACGAGAUCAGCAUUGAUCCAACUGAGGAAGUACCUGAAGACGGCUCUCUAUCUGGAAGUGAAGAUGAAGGUGUGAUGUCGAGUUUAUCCUCCAACUCAUCAGGUCUAAGACCAGUUGAGAGGACAACUACAGAGGAGGACCAGGAGUCUGAAUCACAGCUAAUCAGAGGUAGAUCAAGGACCUGGACAAAGGACCAUGAGUCUGCCUCAUCACAUCCGAGAAAAGGAGGGUCAAGAUCUGUGAAAAAGAGGACACCUACAGAGGACCAGGAGUCUGAUACAUCACAGCCAGAAGAAAGAAAGAAAAACGAUUCAUCAAGAAAGAAGAGGAAGAUGUGGAGCAAAGAAGAAGUCCAAGCUGUGGAACAGGAGCUGAUGCACAGCAUUAAGACUGGCAAGGUUCCUGGUAAAGCACAGUGUCUUGAAUGUAUCCGUGCAUUUCCAGAGGCACUUAAAGGUAGGACCUGGGAUGCUGUCAAGUACUACGUGAAAAACAGAAUAGACGCUUGGAAGCGGCAGUCAAUGUCACACUAACUGCAAGUUGUUCUUGCUCUUUUGUGUUCGAAAGAGGCAGUUCUAACAGUGACCAUCGUUUGAUCUGAGUCAUAAUUUUUUAUUUAUUUUAAGAGGUACAAUUUCUAUCGGUUGUGCUAAAUUUAAAAAUGUUAUUACCAUGUUUGUGUACUAUAACCAUUUACUUGACUGUUUAUCUUGCAUGGGAAAGAGAAGAGUGGUUACAUCAAGAAGAGUUAUAUUAUGUUUGAUCCUUGUACAACAAAAGAGAUAAACCUUGGUUAAACACACAACAACCUGUUUCUAGACAUCUUAUUUGGCAUCUCCCAUAUUGGCGUCUCAUAAUUGGUAAAAGAGUUAGGGUUGCUUACUAGCAUGCCACCAACAUUUUAUGAAUAGUUUCACUAUGAUCUCUGACCCUCAGAACAUGGGUCUAGACACCUUAUUUGUUAAGCUAUCUGCAAUAUUGGUUGAGAUAUAGUGAAAUUAGAUUUGUUUCGAUAAUGGCGGCACUUAUUUGCAUAGAAAUAUGUGGAACAUCCCGAGAACUAUUUAACAUAGCUCAUCAUUUUCUAGAAACACUGAUUUAGAAGUAUAUUUCCGAGGGGUGCAUGAUACCCCUCUUCCUACUAGACUAUCAGUGUAACUGUACGUCCACACCAGGAGCGACCAUAGCGUCAAAGACGCUUUGGUCGCUCACAAAGUUUCGCUGCAAAUUUUUCUGUUCGCUUUGGUCGCUCAUGACGUACAAUUCAAUUAUGCAGACGCAUUUAAAGGAGCCGUAUGCGUUUAGUAGGCCCUACAGACAGCCAUAUCAAAUAGUGAACUCUCCCAUACACCUUGGCCAUAUUGCCGAGACGGUUUUGCUUGUUCGAUAAAGUGCUUCGACAACAAGUAGGACAGUGAUUCCCCCCAAUAUACAAAAAAUCCUAAAAUGUAGGCUAAUUACAACCGAGAACAAAAAACCCUGCGUGCUGUAGUAGUUAAAAUAUGUUUCACUGAUCUGGAUCUGCAAAUCAUGAUCUGCACUCAUUCGUCGCAUUCAAAACAAAUAGACAUUAGCGCACAUGGCUAAUUUGCAUAGGCCUACGUGCACAGGACUGGUUGGCUCCGCAAGGCAAAUAAUGGAACAUAUCUAUCUAUCUAGGCCUUUCUGUCUAUCUAUCUAUCAACGCGUGUCUAGUUUUAAUGUGAUGUAUUGUGUGUAUGUCCAGUCAGACUUCUGUGUGGUUCUGUGUGGUCUUGUAGGCUACUGUCCUGUGUGGGACGAACCACCUAAAUGGAUUCCCGACGAUUUGUGUCGUUUGGUAUUAAUAAAGACUUGACUAUCUAUCUAUCUAGACUAUUUAAUUAAAAAUUAUUCACCGCAGGCUCCGUGA